GACUACAGCCCCAGCCAAAUGAAUGAUUGGUACGCCCUGACCUUUUUUGAACCAUUGUUGCGGAACUACAUUCUUGACAACGGUGUUAAAGCACUCAAUGUACUCAUCAGUGGCUGACGUCUCCGACCACGUCAAGAUCACAAUCAAUCAGUACCAUCCGAGCUAUCAAUCAGUACCAUACGAGCUCACGCAUCAUGUCCCACACAACUUGCAAGAUCACCUUUGCACUGUUGAAACAUUUGGUCGUCGUCGAGGCUACACCUGGGGUGCGAAAUCUCACCCAUUGGUACAAAAAGGGAGAGGGAUGACAUUGUCUCUACCUGCAGAGUCUCUCCAGCUGUCCCUCUCUCUACUGGAGUGACCCAUCCCUGUCGUCAACAUCGUCCCAUUUGUCAAUGCCAUCCGUAUUCGAACCAGAUCUCCUGGCAUCAGAGUACUCCCUCGUAAGGGUCCACCAAAUGUCCAGUUUUUCAAUGUUGUCGUUCCUCUCCUCAACUUCCCUCCAAGGCGUGUCACCUAUUCAGCCAACUUCCCUCCAAGGCGUGUCAUCUAUUCAGUUAGAGACACUCCCAACGCUCAGUUUUUCAAUGUCGUCGUUCCUCUCGUCAACUUCCCUCCAAGCCGUGUCAUCUAUUCAGUUAGAGACACUCCCAACGCUCAGUUUUCCAACGUCGUUGUCCCUCUCGUCAACUUCCUUCCAAACCGUGUCACCCUUUUCGUCAGAGCCACUCCCAUCAAUCACGAGUAUCGCAACAAUUAACCCUGUUCUUUUCACUACAUUUAAUUCUGCGACGACAACCAUAUCGCUCAAAACCACCAGUACGGCGGUUUUGAGCCCAACAUCAGUGUCAAGCACCGGUUCUCCCCAACUACCUUUAACCAUAGCUACCACUAUAGGAGGGAUCAUGGGAGCAGUUACACUUCUGGCUUUCUUAAUAUUCAUUGCGGUACGGUGUCGCAGAAAACAAAUACUGUCUGUGACACCUUUCAACUAUCUCUCGACUGCAGGACCAGCGCGGGUUGGGUCACAGGCGUGGCUCAAGUCCCAGAGCACUCCCGGUGCUGUUCGUCCAAGCAGCAGAGGUCCGUCGACCGUUCAAUAUUCCGACAAAAACAUCGAAGAGUAUUCUUGGAACCUACCCUUGUCGGAUAUAUCCCGUGUCGAUCAAUCGUCAUCUGAUUUGCACGACGAUUGCGACGCCUCUGCAUCCACGAUUGCCAGGCUCCAACGGGCUCGCGAGUUAGAAAAGCUGUAUCCAAUAGCACAUCCAUCUCGCGUCCGCACGACAGAUCAUUAUUUUCAUCACGGUGGAGAAAACUGGAUUGACCAGAUGGUUAUGGAGGAUUAUUCGCGAGGACCAAGUGAAGAGUUACCAGCCUAUCCCCGUUCAGCGAAAUCGUUGAAGAGCAGGGAAGCGGAUCAUAAUAGCUUUCCUAGCUCUUAUCCAUAGAUUCAUGGACAAUAUUACAUCGGUAACUAGUACUACGGAUAAUGUUGAACGUUAUGUAUAUUUUUCGAGUUGG